AAAGGGGCCGUGGUCUGGGUGAGUGGGCCAAGAGGUAGGCCGCCCGGCUCGGGGGAGAGGGCGCGGGGUCAGGGGCGGCCCUAGGGCGGGCCUGUAGGGGGCGGGCACGGCCCCAAGGCCCGGAAGCGGCCGGAGUCCCCGUCCCGCUGGCUUUCUACGAUGGACGAAGCGGAUCGGCAGCUCCUCCGGCGGUGCCGCUUGCGCCUGGUGGGUGACCUGCAGGUGACCCCGCUGUGGGACGCUCUGCUGAAACGCGAGCUCUUCACGCCCGACAUGAUCGACGAUAUCCAGCAGGCAGGUUCUCGGCGGGAUCAGGCCAGGCAGCUGAUCACGGAUCUUGAGACCCGAGGGAGGCAGGCCCUUCCUUUGUUCAUCUGCUGUUUAGAGGAAACGGGCCAGGACACACUGGCUUCAUUGCUGCGCACAAGUCGGCAAGUGACAAAGAGGGAUCCAGAGGCCAUCAGACCGCUGGACCUGGAGCCUGCAGUGGUGGGACCGAUGGGACUCAAACCAGAGAAGCCGAGAGUGAUGAAGCCAGAUCCAUCGAAUCUGGCCCCAGGAAAUGUCACCCCAGUGGUGCUGGGGCCGGAGGAGCUUUUACCAGCUCAGCUCAGGCCAGAGGUUCUCAGACCGGAAGCACCCAGACCAGUGGACAUUGGUUCUGAAGGAUUGGGUGGUCAGGAGAAGUUGAGAAGUGCACAUUUGGUGUACGUCCUGGACGCGGACCCUUGCGGCCACUGCCUCAUCAUCAACAACGUGAACUUCUGCCCGGCGUCGGAGCUCGGCACGCGCACCGGCUCCAACAUCGACUGUGAGAAGAUGCGGCGCCGCUUCUGCCAGCUGCAUUUCCACGUGACGGUCAGGGGUGACCUGACCGCCAAGGAGAUGCUCCAGGCUUUGGCAGAGCUGGCGCGGCAGGACCACCAAGCUCUGGACUGCUGCGUGGUGAUCAUCCUCUCUCACGGCUGUCAGGCCAGCCACCUCCAGUUCCCGGGUGCUGUCUAUGGCACAGACGGAUGUCCUGUGUCUGUCGAGAGAAUUGUGAACAUCUUCAAUGGGACCAGCUGCCCCAGCCUGGGAGGGAAGCCCAAGCUCUUUUUCAUCCAGGCCUGUGGUGGGGAGCAGAAGGACCAUGGGUUUGAGGUGGCCUGCAUGUCGCCCGAUGACGAGGGCCCUGGCAGCAGCCCUGAGGCAGAUGCUGUCCCAUUCCAGGGAGACCUGGAGCCCUUAGACCAGCCCGAUGCAGUGUCGAGUUUGCCCACACCCAGUGACAUCCUUGUGUCCUACUCUACCUUCCCAGGUUUUGUCUCCUGGAGGAACACUGAGCGUGGCUCCUGGUACAUUGAGACCCUGGACAGCAUCUUGGAGCACUGGGCUUCCUCUGAAGACUUGCAAUACCUGCUGCUCAGGGUGGCUAACGCCGUAUCUGAGAAAGGGAUUUAUAAACAGAUUCCUGGUUGUUUCAAUUUCCUCCGGAAAAAACUUUUCUUUAAAACCAAAUGAGGACACCUCAUCCUUCGUGCACAGCGUGCUGCAGCAGGCCUGGAUGUUGCUAAGGCCACCACGUCCUGCAAGUCAAGGGCUUCGGAACUGGGCAGUUCCCAUCCCUCACUGGUCUCGGCAGCUCCCACAGCAGAGAGCAGUGUCCAUGCGCAGAGAGAGAGGACCAGAAAGCUGUGGACAUCAUGGGGCCUCCACCUUAGAGCUGGCCUUGGGCUGCUGCCUGGCCCAUCAUCCCAUCUUUUGUGGAGCAGGGCUCCCCAUCCUCCACACUGUGGGCCAGGUACCCUUGGUCUAUGGUCACCCUGGCAUUGGAGGAGGCUUUGUGCCAUCACUGGGCUCCAGCCACAAAAGCCAGCAGCAGCCCUCCCUGAGCUGUGCUGACCACAGCCAUCUCCAAAUGUCACCACCUGUACUCUAGGGGACCAAAGUGUCCCCAGUGGAGAAGGGAGGCUCUGCAGGGAGUUGGGGCUACAGACAAACCAGUGUCUCUCAGGUCAACCAAUUUCAGCUACUAGAGUCUAAACAGCUGGGGUCCGUCAUUCUGAAGUGUCAGGAAUGGUUAACAUUCUUUUAUCACAUUAUUUAGUCUUAAAAAAUAAAUCUUAGGUGAAUGUGGGUUUUUUCUUUUGUUUCCUCUGUUCCUUCUCAUUUUCCUUCAACUCUUUGUCUUCCUUCAUAAAGUACAAUUUUAUCAUCUUCAAAACAUUUUCCUAGAGUCAGGUAUCUCAAAAGAAUAAAAAAUAAAUUUUUAAAUGGU